UCUCUCUCUCUCUCUCACGUACACCCACACCCACACUUUGAGUUAUUAUUCAGGAUUUGAAUUGAGCUAGCUACAAUUUGUUCUCCUGAUUUUGGGGAAUAUUGUUUUUUUUUCACGCUCCUGUUAAAAAUUGCUGGCUUUGUUGAUCAACAGUAGAUAAGUUAAUUAGCUUAUGAUCAGAUGAGUUUGAAGUGAUUAAGCUGAAUCUGAGAAAAAUUGGGGAAGGCUGACAUGUAAUUCACACGUCAGGAGGCAUUAUCGGUCAAGUAAGAAGAUUGUCCUACUAAAGUACGGAUUGAAAUGAACUGCAGCUGCUUUGGUGCCUCAACUGUGCGGCAGAAAAGGGGUAUUGAUCAUGUUCAUAGAGAUACACCACACACUGGAGGCUGCUCCACUGCAAAGACAAAGAAUUUUUCAUAUAGUGAAUUAAGAAUAGCAACCAACAACUUCCAUCAAAGUAACAAAAUAGGGCGAGGAGGUUUUGGGACAGUAUACAAGGGAACUCUAAAAAGAGGAGUAGAAGUUGCUGUGAAGACACUUUCUGCCGAAUCAAGGCAGGGGUUGCGUGAGUUUUUGACAGAGAUUGAAACCAUAUCAGAUGUCAGACACCCCAAUCUAGUUGAGUUGAUUGGAUGCUGUCUUGAAGGAAGUAACCGGAUCUUGGUCUAUGAAUAUGUAGAAAAUAGGAGCCUCGAUCGAGCACUGUUUGGUUCCAGCACUAGGAAUGUUAAAUUAGAGUGGGACACAAGGGCUGCUAUUUGCUUGGGUACCGCUAGAGGUCUUGCCUAUCUACAUGAAGAAUUAGUGCCGCAUAUAGUGCACAGGGACAUCAAAGCUAGUAACAUACUGCUUGAUAAGGAUUAUAAGCCAAAAAUUGGAGAUUUUGGACUUGCAAAGCUUUUUCCAGAUAAUAUCACUCAUAUCACCACACAGAUAANCAUCACCACGCAGAUAAAAGGAACUACUGGCUAUUUGGCACCCGAAUAUGUAAUAGGCCGUCAAUUAACAUCCAAGGCUGAUGUUUACAGUUUUGGAGUCCUAAUACUUGAAACAGUAAGUGGCAGGAGCAGUGGCAGCGGUACAUGGCAAGGGCAGAAGUUACUCCUGGAAUUGGCCUGGCAGCUCUAUGAAGAGGAAAAGCUUUUGGAAUUAGUUGAUCCAGAACUGGGAGAUUUUCCAGAAAAAGAAGUCGUCAAGUACAUUAAAGUAGCUCUCUUUUGUACACAAGAAAAUGCAAAUCGAAGACCAAUGAUGAGCCAGGUUCUUGAAAUGCUCACAAGAAACAUCAAGCUAAAUGAGAAAGAACUCACACCACCAGGAUUUUUCCAAGAUUCAGGCGGGGUUAGUGGUACGCAAUCUAAGCUGAAGUCAUCUGAAAGCAGUACAAGUUAUCAAAUGAGUUCUGUCCCCCUUACAAUCACUCAGGUGAUCCCUAGAUAAUCAAUUUAUCAAUAGUGAAUGACACUUGAACUUUUCAUCGAGAAUGAGUUGACCGCUUUAGUUUACUUAAGAAGAGGAAAUGAGGAAUAUAGGAAGAAAUUAUUGCCAGCGGGGUUUUGGUUCAAUGAUAAGGAUGCGGCACAUUAUGUGGGGGUUGGCACACAUCAUGAGUUUGACCCUUUCACGAACAAAGCCUGAUAUUUAAGUUGGGAAGAGAGUAGAGGGCACGCCUAUACUCCUCGGAGUUUCAAAUAUGUGCACCAAUUGGAGCUGGGGCAGAAACCAUAGGGAAUUUCGUUAGUAUAAAGAAAAUUAGGAAGAAAUUAUUUCAAUAAAUCAUAUUCUCUAUUUUUCUAAUUAUUUGGUUUUAUCCCUAAAGUAGUUCACUUUUUCGUCAAUCUACGUUGUCCAACACUUUCUUUCUUUUUUUCCUUUUACUGAGAGUGAACAUGGUUUGGAGGCUAACAGCCUAACAGUCUCUUGUAUCUACUAGAUUGAUCAGACAAGUCUUAUUUUAAAAAGGGCAGUCGGGUGCACAAGAAAUCCCGCAUUAACGCAUGGUCCGGAGAACCACCGCAUCCCAAGGGGUGUGAUGUAGAAAGUCUACCCUAAUGCAAGGGUUAGUGGCUGCUUUCACGGCUUGAACCCGUGACCUAUAGGUCACACAGAGACAAUUUUACCGUUGCUCCAAGGGUUCCCUUCCGAGAGAGGUCAUAUUGUAUAAUAUUUAAUUUUUAAAAUUUCUAUCUACUAGAUUGAUCAGACAAGUCUUAUUGUAAAAAGGGCAGCCGGGUGCACAAGGAAUCUCGCAUUCACGCAGGGUCCGGAGAACCACCGCACUCCAAGGGGUGUGAUGUAGACAACAUACCCUAAUGCAAGGGUUAGUGGCUGCUUUCACGGCUUGAACCCGUGACCUAUAGGUCACACAGAGACAACUUUACCUUUGCUCUAAGGGUUCCCAUACGAGACAAGUCAUAAUGUAUAAUAUUUAAUUUUUAAAAUUUCUUUUACCUUU